UUUUCUAUGAUUUAGUAUUUGCACUUUUUAUUCAUUCAUUCGUAGUUUCACAUAUCUAUAUGGAGUUUCUGAUAAAUGUUUGUUCAAAAUGCAAAUGGCAGUUUCAAUUUAUGAAUAUUUUGCUAUUAUUCUUAUUUUCAUCCACUAUAAAUCGAUUAGAGGCAAAAACAUUUGUAUACAAUUAUGUAACUAAUAUAUCUGAAAAUUCUUAUAAGGAAGCAGUACUGGAUAUUUUGUCAGGUAGAGUAUAUAUCACACCUAUAAUAUUGAAUGAAAUCGUCGAGAAAAGUGAUGAAAUAAGCAAAAGAUUGUGGCAUGUAACAUUGAUCAUUGAUGGUAAAACCUCGAUCGAAGAUGAAGUAACUCUAAACUGUCUAACUUUAUUUGAUCACAAAGGUCUAAUUGAUAGAAUAUUCAUCUCGAGAUCAACAUUAAAAAAAGGUGUCACUGAAAUCAACAUCUUUAAAGGAUUAUUAAGCCUUUUUAAUAUACAUCACAGAUUUGAACCAGGCAUUGAGAUCGAUAGCUCGGGAAAAUGUCAAGUAACUUAUGCUACUACAGCUAUUGGUGAUACCAUCGUCACUACUUCUGGAAAUCACCGAACUACCCCAGACAAUAUCAUUAUUAUUGACAAAGAGAAAACACUAUGUGAAAGAUUACAAAGACCAAUUGAUGUUUGGAAUGAAAAUUCAUUAUCUGUGGUAGAUUUCAAGGAGGUUAGAGAGAUUUUAACACGUUAUAAAUAUGACAAGUCAACUCAUCAAAUACUUGAAGUAUACGCUUAUGAGAGACAGAUUCAUUCAUUUAUCGAUUUAUCCAAUACAAAUUAUGUGGAAUAUCAACAGUUGAUUAAUUCUACAGGUAUUAAUCUAGUUACAUGGCAAAAAUUGGAAUUUAUUGAUGAAACAGAUAAUCAGGAUAAAAGAAUUCAGAAUAUAGUUGAUCAGCAUUAUGAUUUCUCUCUAGAUGAGGUAUAUGUAUUGAUAUAUCUACCUAUCCAUAUUGUUUCUUGUAUUGUCUCAUCGUUGAUUAGACCGGAUUGAUCGGUCAUUAUUGGCAUAUCGGCUCUUGCGCGGAUGCCUAGAUAUUGCUGGAAAUUUCGAAUUCUUGGUUUUAAUGAUGAAUAGUGGCAAGCAGUGGAAUCCAGAACUCGCGUGUCGUCCUAUUUGGGAUUCAUCAUGUGGAUGCACCUGCGUCCCGAUAACGGAAAUCUUGUUUGGUUCAGACUAUCAAACAAUCCAUUUAGGUAUUGUUUAUCCUGUAUCAAAAUCACAGACAUGUAGUCUGAAUGCGAAUUUAUUCACUGCAUUUAUGAACGAAGAUGAGACAUCAGAGAAGAAGAAGAAUGCCAAUCUUAUCUAUUUACGUCAACAUAUCGAAUCAUAUCGUGAUUGGCUACAAAAUGAUGCGAUUGGAUCUAUAAAAUCAGCUGAAGCAAUCUUGAAUUUAACCAGUCUAUUACGCUGUCUUUCAGAGACAAAUCAAUCACUUUCAAUUCUAACUAGUGCAACAAUGUUAGCACCACCAGCUACUGAAAUACAAUCAAUUUAUCGUCAAUUGAAUACCUGGAGAGAUCAUUUAAUUGAUAUUUUAAUCAAUUGUGGUACAAGUACAUGUUUAACAAUUGUAUUCAAUCGGUUGAAUACUUUAACACAUUUUGUUUAUUCGAAUCAAAGUGAUCAUGAUCAACACUCUUUAGAGGUGGUCAAAUCAAAAGAAAUGUUAUUUACUAAACUUUGGCCAUCUUUAUCACAUAUACGUCGAUUGAACAUUGAACAAGUGAAUCAACUUUAUGAAGCUUGUGAAAAAUCAAUAAUUAUUGAUAAAAAUUAUGUUUGUUUAAUGACAUUAGUUAAUUUAAAUUUACGAGAAGUAUAUGAUUUCAAACAAAUUAUACAACAUAUUCAAAAACUACUUGAUAUAUCAAAUUCAAAAGUUGAAAAUUCAUCAUCAUUCAAAUCGAAAAUUAAUCGAAAUAACCUAUUAAUGGGAUUAGCAAUGACUAAAAAAUUACAUCAUCCAGGAUUGACAAGAUCUUUAUUGAAAAUAAUUUUUGACCAUGAUAAUAUUCCAUCAGUUAUACGAACUUUAGCUAUUCGAGUUAUCGGUGAAGUUCACUUCUCACAACAGGCUAGAAAUCGACAAACACAUAAUUCUCUCAUUUAUAAUCCUUAUGAACAGCAAUUAGCUGAGAUAAGGACUAGACUAAUUGAAAUGUUGUAUAAAUUACCAAAGAAAUCACAUGAUGAUUUAUUAAUCGGCCAAGAGAUAUUUAAAGUGUUAUUGUUGUCAGAAUUAUCAGUUGUACAUCUUGCCCGUAUAUUAUCUGAUAUGGCUAAACAAGAAAGAUGGUCAUUCAUUCAAAUAUGUCGGCAAUUCAUUCAACAAUGGUGUAAAAUGGAAUUGUUAACAAGAGAUGAAUGUAACUGUUUAGGUGUGCUGACAUUGAAUUCCGCCUAUUCAACAACAUGUCAGUUAGGAUUAGCUGGAGGUUGGUCUGGUCUCACUGGAGAUCAGUCUGAAGAGAUUGGUCAAGCUACACUACUACAAAGUGAAUUAAGUAGUCUGAACAAUGCCCUACUCAUUGACUAUACAUCAUAUUUCGUUCUAGAUCCUUAUGGUGGCCUACAGUUGUCUGAUCUAUGUGUCAGUGUAGUUAGUAAAGAAGGGGAAUCAGUGAUUUUUGACUUGAGCAUCCAAGCAGACGAACUCACCUCGUUGGCGCCAAGUAAAAAGCAGACUACUUCAACCACAUCAACGUCAUCAACUGGUACAUGGUUGAGUUUUGAUCUUACCUAUCUUGGUAUAUCAUUAUUACCGCAGGAAGUAUUUUCUGGUGGUGUUGUUGACAUUGUUCGAUUAUUAUGGUCUUCGUCAGGUCAGCUGACACCAUUGUUACAAGUGCUUAAAUUACCCAUUGACCAAAGGAUACAAACUACUCUUACAUCUGGAUGGAUUAUACAAAUCGAUAAUGUAGCUGCAUUAUCACUGAGUAUAUCCAGUGGAUUAGAGGCCAGUAUAUGGAAACAAUCGGGAAAGAGUCACGCACGAACACAAAUAGGACUUGUUAGUGAAAUUAAAAUCAAUUUAAUACAACAGACAGACCAACCGACUAUAAAUAUACAAAUACAUAAUUCUUCAUUCAUCACUAAAGGUAUCGCUAUACAAGGUUAUGUAGAUUUCAUUACAGAAAUCGAUAUUAAAAAUCUACCAGACAGUGUUUGUCUAUUAAUGGAUCAAGGUGUGGAUACUUAUGUUGUACAGUGGUAUUCAAUUGACUCUUCUGGCUAUUUCUUAAGUGAUACCGCCAUAUCACCUUCAGCAAGAACACACGAUGGUAGUGGUCUGACAGCUGAUAAUAACAAAAAGAUGUAUCACCAUUCAAAUUACACAUUACAGCCUGUUUCAUACUUUUUAGGUUAUGAUAAUUCAAUGAAAUGCAGAAAAUGAAAACAGGUUAAUGUGAGAAACGUAAAAAGAAUCCUUAUUUGUUCACUGAUUUUCGGAUAUUUUUUUUAGAUUUAGAGUAAUCACAUACUGUCUUUGUUUUUCAUAUCUAUUUCAUUUUAAGAAAUUCUGUCAGUGUUUUUUAUUGCUGAGAUUUAGCUAUUUCUACAGGGUGGAUGACAUUCUAAUAUCAAGUAGCAUAUCACAGUCAGCGCAAAUUGAUAGGAAACUAUGCUGGAGGCUGGUAUGGUUUCAGAGAGCCUUCAUUUCUUACAGUGUACCAUUUACCUUGAUCUUUGUUCUAUAUUAGCUAGGUGUAAUCUGUAUAUGAAUAUGUUUAUUUGUGAAAAUAAAAGUUUGUUUUAUAAAUAACAGAGACUUUAUCUACAACAGAUUCGAAGAAAUAAACGACUGAGAAAACAGCG